GCGGACCUAACGGAAGUUUAGACGGUUGCUCUGGGUGAACGAAGCAUCGCAUCAAACAAGAAUUAUUCUCUCCCCCUAAAUUAACCCGGUUUCCCCUUUCCCUCACACAUGGCGUCCAAUUCCAACAUAGACAUUGAGGGUGCGACCCAGCAUCUCCGGGACAUCCUGAAGCUCGACCGGCCCGGGAACAGCACCGAUGCCCCAUCAAUUGAUGGCCCAAGAAUGCCGUCUUUUAAUGGGGAGCUGAAUGGGUUAUUGGGAGCAGCAGGCCUUUUAGGAGGCACUGAUCGGUCGACCAUGUCAGAAUCUUCCAGACCAAUCUCCACAGACUUAAGCAGCGCUCAAGAGUGUCAGAUAAUCUGCCUUUCUGGUGAUGAUCGCUCCACCUGCAUCCCCAUCACCUCCAACAAUGUGGAGAUUGUGGCGAGUCAAGAUUCCAGCAUCAACAGCAAGGCUCGUGGCAGCAACAAGGUGAAGAUUCAACCUGUUGCCAAGUAUGACUGGGAACACAAGUAUUAUUAUGGCAGACUGAUAGCUGUGUCCAACUCCUUCUUGGCCUACGCCAUCAGAGGAGCCAAUAACCAUGCAAUGAUUCGUGUCCUGAGUCUGGGUUUUAAUGAGCGCUCCCUACUGAAGGGCUUCACCGGAGCCGUCACAGAUCUUGCUUUCGCCCACCUCGACUCCUCCCUGUUGGGUUGCGUGGAUGAAGCAGGCAACCUGAUGGUCUGGCAGCUCACCUGCACUGGAAACAAGAUACUAGAUCAGAUAGUGGUUCAUAUCCAACGGCCAGAAGACACUCCACUGAACUCCCACCGUCGGCUCAUCUGGUGCCCGUUCAUCCAGGAUGACAGUGAUGAGAACCAGGAUGACACUAGCCAGACUUUAGCCCUUCUUCAUGAAGACAUGGCUGAGGUUUGGGACCUGGAAGUCCUAAGAGCGAACAACAGCAGUUGGCCCGUCGAUGCCACAGACGUGAAAGAAGGGCUCAUCACAGUCAAAGGACAUAACCAGCGAGUCAGUGAAGGGGCCCUGUCUCCAGAUGGAACCGUGUUAGCCACAGCCAGCCAUGAUGGAUACAUCAAGUUCUGGCAGAUAUACAUAGAAGGAGGACAGGACAAACCGAGAUGUCUUCAUGAAUUGCGGCCUCAUGGAGGACGCCCCCUCUCCUGCCUUCUUUUCUGUGACAACCACAAAAGACAGGACCCCGAGGUUCCUUUCUGGCGGUUCCUUAUAACAGGAGCAGAUCAGAACCAGGAGUUGAAAAUGUGGUGCACUGUUUCCUGGACCUGUUUACAAACCAUCAGGUUUUCUCCAGAUCUGUUCAACUCAUCAGUUCUGCCGAGUCUGAAGGCCAGUCUGGACCUCUCUGCCGAGUAUCUUAUCCUCACAGACGUACAGAGAAAGGUUCUGUAUGUGAUGGAGCUGCGACAGGAUCUGGAGAAAGGGAAGGCCAGUUUUACAGCGGUGUCCGAGUUCUUGCUGACUCACCCAGUGCUCAGUUUCGGGGUCCGGGAUGUCACCCACAGCAGAUUGCGACACACUGAGGUCCUCCCUGCAGAGGAGGAGAGUGAGAGCAUGACAACAGAGGGCACACAAGGACCCACAGAGUCCAAGUCUGGGAUACAAAUUAAACUCUACUGUGUUCACACCAAGAGUCUGCAGGAUGUCCAGAUCUGGUUUCAACCCAAUUUGGGUUCCAGCUCUGCAGUCUUCCUGCCACAUUCUGAUUCCCAGGAUGGUUUAGCUGGGUUUUCAGACAAUCUCACCGACCAGAGCUCUGACAAGGAAUCAGCAAGUGGCUCUCAGACUGACCUGAGGAAGAUCCCAUCACUUCCUGCCCCCGCUGACUUCCUGUCGAACUCAGGCGCCAGCAGUGGGACCAAGCUGAUGACUCCUGAUGCCUUCAUGACGCCGAGCACUUCAGUACCGGCAUCCCCCGGCAGCAGCGCCAGCAGUCUGACCAUUGUGACAGCUAUCAGCAGCAACUCUGACUCAACUAACAGAGCUAUAGACGAUGUCAAUCAGAGUCCCAACAGAGUGGAGAACAACAGCAGCAGCAGUCUGGCACUCUCCACCUCCACCAGCAGCCCAAGAGCUGCCUCUGCUGUGCUGCUGCCUGGACUGGAGAACCUACAGGCUUUAGCGUCCCCCAGUGGUCCUCUUGCCCUCGACGGUCCUCAGGUUCUGGAUUCUCCCCUGCUGCCACCUCUGGCCUCUCCAACUAGGGCGCGCUCUCCUGACGUCAUCUCCUCAGCCUCCACAGCCAUGUCCCAAGACAUGCCGGAGAUUGCAUCCCAGAUCCUGCAGCUUCAGCGUGGACUAGUGUCCGGCUUGGAGGCUUUACCUCUUUCUGCCCUUCAGACAGACAGCAUGGCCUCUGCUGCAUCCGCCCUGCACCUACUCACGUCACCGCGCACAGCCAACAACAACAGCCUGUUGCCACUCGAACUCGGAGGUGGUGAUGGACCAGUGGGCGGGGCAGCAGAGUCAGAGCCCAGACUCAGUCACACCCCAUCUCUACUUGAGAACGCCUUAUCACAGGAGAAUCCUGGUGUUGGUGGAGGUUCAUCAGAUGGUAAUGUUAGCCUCACGCCUUGGCCUGCUGCGCCCGACAUCACCAGAGAAACCAGGAACAGUCUCAGGGACAACGGUCUUGGAGACUGCUCAAGAGAGGAGUCGAACGACAGACACCUGAGCUCACCUUACCAUCGACGCUCAUAUCACCUCACGCAGAACGACAGUCAGGAUGCUGGCGCAGAGCAGAGUGACCCUGACGAUGAGGUGGCCAGCCUCGCAUCAUCCUCAGGAAACUGUGGCGCUCGUUCUUCUCACAGACUACCAGUCAAGGACGGGAAGACCUCACCACGAGGCUCGCCAAAAGUAAAGAGGAAGACCAAGAAAGAUGACGGUGAAUCUUCUCAGUCCCGGCAAAUGGACUCUGGUCAGAUGAAUGCAGAAGUACAGGACGAGUUGUUGAUGCUCCUGCGCAGCCAGCAGAGGGAGUUAACUGAACUGCGAGGACAGAUUGAAGCCAUGCAGAGCACCAUCAUGGCCCGAGUGGAGCACGUCCUCACCAACCACCAGGAACAAGAACAGCGCAGACUAGAGCGAGUUCUGGCAGAGAGUCAGAACCAUCAGCAGCAGCUUCAGGAACAACUCAGCCAGCAGCUCGGCCACACCCUCAGCUCGGCACUAACCAACAGAAUGGACAAAGUGCUACGAGAGGAAAUGAAGAAAUCAGUCCCACAAACAAUCUCUAAGAGUUUGGAGCCCGUGACGGGCCAGCUGAGCAACACAAUUGCUGCUAAACUGACUGCAGUGGAGGUCACCCUGAAGGACAACGUCAGCAAGGUGGUCAAAUCAAAGAACACGACUGAUGCUAUUGGCCGAGCAGCAGCUGAAGCGAUGCAGGGGCCCAUCCAGGCAGCCUAUAAAGACACCUUCCAGAGCAUCGUGCUGCCUGUGUUUGAACGAUGCUGCCAAUCCAUGUUCCAACAAAUCAACGACAGCUUCAAGCAAGGCACACAAGAAUACAUCCAACAGCUUGAGACCCACAUGAAGAACAGGAAGCAGAGGGAGCAAGAGACACGAGACCCCAUGAUCAGCCAGCUCCAGCAGAUGAUGGACAGCUUCCAGAGCUCCACUGAUCAGCUCGCCAAUAACAUCACAGCUAACGUCCGGGCAGACGUCCAGCACCAGAUCCAGAUGAUGGUGGGAAAUUUGCAGGAGUCUAUUCUUAGCCACGUGCAGCGAAUUGUCAAAGGGGAGGUGAGCUUGGCAAUGAAGGAGCAGCAGGCAGUGGUGACCUCCAGCAUCAUGCAGGCGAUGAGGUCGGCGGCGGGCACGCCCGUCCCCACAGCUCACCUCGACUACCAGACACAGCAGGCCAACAUCCUGCAGCUCCUACAGCAGGGCCAGCUCAACCAGGCUUUCCAGCAGGCGCUGUCAGCGACAGAUCUGAACUUGGUGUUGUAUGUGUGUGAGACCAUCGACUCUCAGCAGGUGUUCGGUCAGCACCCCUGCCCUCUCAGCCAGCCUGUCCUGCUGUCACUCAUCCAGCAGCUCUCCUCCAACCUUACAACCCGCUCUGAGCUCAAAAUCAGCUACCUGGAGGACGCAGUGAUGAACCUGGACCACUCGGACCCGCUGACGAGAGACCACAUGUCCUCUGUGUGCGCCCAGGUCAGGCCGAAGCUCUUCACCUUCCUGCAGCAGGACCCCCACAGCCCGCUCAGCAAGAGGGCGCGGCGCCUGAUGAUGAUGCUGCAGGGUCUCGUCAGCCACUAGUCCUUUUGUUUAAAGAAUGGUGCAGGAGAACCUCAGAGUUACAGAUCACAAGUCCACGAAUGUUUAAAAAGAGAAAGCAACAACUUCACCCGACUCGGAACGGUUCCUCUGAGCUGAGGACGGGACGUGCUGUUGGGUGGUGAGCGAGGACGAGAGGUCCUGAGUGACUGAGUAUGAAACCUAUCGCGUGGUUCAAGAAGAAGGUUCCCUCCUGCCCACCUGUCUCUGCACAUGAAUCCAGCUCUCCAUUUGUUCCUCCCUCUGCUCUGCCUGCACCAUUGAAGUGUCAAGUUAGGACAUAGAAGCUGUUUUUGUUUUGUUUGUUUUUUUUCCUGGAAGUACCUUCAAUGCAAGACAUUAAUGGUCUGGACUCCUCUUAAGUUCACUGUAGAUUCUUCCAGACCUUCGUUACUGCUGCUUUUACCCCCCAAGAGGCAGUCUGGUUGUCUCUCAUCCUUUUAUCCCCAUCAUGAAACAAAAGACUGUCUCAAAAACAACAGCCAGAGAGCCUGAAAUUUGGGGUCGUCCCUGCUCCCAGACACAUCGUACCUGACACUCCUUUGAUGCCAUUUCAUCCAAAUGUGCAUAAGACUCAAAGAAUGUCCAGCCGAGUGGUCCAAAAGACCGAACAUUGCUGUUUUUUUUGUUUGUUGUUUUUUUUUGUCUGUCAGAUAUGUUGGGAUACUAAACAAGCUGUGGUGCAGGGCUGAGUACGCUAACAGAAGACAUGUUUUGCCUCAAAAUGUCGCCUUGUAUCUUAGACUUAUGAACAAUCAUCAGGCUUGGACACCUUUUUUUUUUCUUUUUCCAAAACAAACCAGCAUCCUUGCCAACUUGAGUUGCUGCAGGAUUACGCUGCCCUCAGUUCAGGUUUUUUUUCUUUCUUUUUUUUAAAAUCCGAGCUAAUGCCGGCAACCAAAAGUAUGUAUCAUUCAAAGCCAUUUCUUGUUGGUGGCAUAUUUCCUUUCAGUUAUUUCCUAAUAGGUUGGAGACGACAACCUCACCAGGCAAAAUCAGUGUCGGCGCUUUGCAGAGGAUCAACAUGCCGAAUUGUUUUACUGAGUUAAUUGAGUUUGCUCCUGCGUUGGUAUUCAGGAAGAACAGCAUAUUUCGUACGUUUUCCAUCUGGCCUUGUUUUCACAGAUCAUCCUAAUGAGCGCCUCUGAAGGAUACCAAUAAGAUUAAAGGAUGAGAAAUAACAUUUUUGAAAUGUGACAGAUAUUUGAGGGGGUCCGCCAGGCGGAAAAGAAUUCCCCUUUAAGAUCUGAAAUGUCGAGUUUGGCAGCCGUCCACGUGUACAGCUCUGUCCUGUAAAUUGACUUCUCCCUGUGUUUUCCUUCUGUCCGUCUGUCCCUUUUUUUAUAUAAACAUUUAGCAUUUGUAAGACUUGUAUACUUGCUUUAAGAGUUGUCAAACUAGUUAUAAUACAUAAUAAAAAAAAACAACACUUCCUAAAAAUAAUUGUUACUGAUGAUGUUAUUUUAUCAGGCUAUUCCAAAUAAUGUUUGUGAACUUAAUGUGCAGUGGCUUAUCAUAGGCUCUAGGAGGCAGCACUUAGUUGGACUGCAGAUGUUCACCCCUUCUUGUUAUCUAGGUUUUGGAUUCAGAAAUCAUUCCUGCUCUGUUUUACCAAACAUUGAGAAGCCUGCACCCGUAUGUUCAUCUUUAAAGUGUGUUCAAAGUGUAUGAUAGUUUGUGUACAGCCCAUUUACACACAUCAUUGUUUCAGUGCAGGGUGACCACACUGUUUUUGUUUUUUUGCUGAUUGUAAAAUAAAAGUUCUGUUCAUUUGACCUCUGUGUUUAGAUUCUGUUAAGUCGGAUUUGUCUAGCAAGUGCCUUAUUGUAUUCUACAUGUUUUACCGAGACGUUUGGGCCUUUAGACAACUUGUUUGAGCAUUAUCCAAUAGAGGUUCCUUUUUACUUUCAUUUAUUUUGUUAAGAUGCUCUGAAGCAAGGUUCAGUGGGGGAGAAUCUGUGUUUUUGUUUGCAAACAUUUGACUACCAAGACAACUGAUUUAGACCGAUAUUUGAAUGCUCAUGAACCAGAGAGAGAGGUACUAUUUUGACUUCACCUGUGAGUUUAGAGUGGGACAUGUUGACUCCCGCUCUGCUCUGAGUGGGAGUCGUGUGUGAGAACCAACUGAGGCUGGUGUGUAUGUUAUUUUUCGGUUUCCAUUCUGUUCAUCUCCCUCUGCUUGGAUGCUUAUGUUGUAUGUUUUACAGUUUAUUUUACCCUAAACAUUUUUGGAAUAAAAAAA